ACAGUAAAAUGUCAACAAAUUAUUGUGAAAAUGGCGACUACCGGAGUAGGCUUUCGAUGGUUAGAUUUAUUAGAAAAGGAAUUCGAUAAAGCAUGUGUGGAAUUAGACACCUCUAUAAAGCUGGAAGCGGAGGAGCCAGAAGUGGUGUUUGGUGCUCGUCAGAAGAUUGCCACACUCAGCUCAUGCUUCGCACAACUCACGCACAAGGCACUUACAAUAUUUCAGAAUAGUGCCAAAAUAGAGGCUGAGCUCGUUGACAUGAGGGCAGAACUGGUGCAAGCACGAGCCGCGUCAGCUGUGUGUGAAUGUACAGGGGGAUGCCAGGAGGGCGGCGACGCGGCCGGCAACGUGACGGACACGGCGCGUGCUCGGUCCGAAGCCGCACAGCUCGCCAGAGAGAACGCCGCGCUCCGGGAAACUGUGCUCGCGUUACAUUCCGAACUCUUUGGAGCUAGAUUGGCUACAAAGUAUUUGGACAAAGAGCUGGCCGGCAGGAUACAACAGUUGCAGCUACUCGGCAGAGACAUGCGCGCCGAACUGAGAGAUUCACUCUGGGCUCAAGUGGAAGCGGAGAUCUUAGUACAGCGCCACAAGACAUUGGUCCGCGUGUGUCGCGGCGCGGGCGCGGCGCGGGGCUGCGGGCGCCCGGCGCCGGCCGCCGCGCCCGCCGCGCCGGACUGCGCGCUGGCGCGGACCGUGCGCGUGCGACGGUCACCGCAUUUGGGGCUCGGGAUUUCUGUUACUGGUGGUCGCGAGCACGGCGUGCCGAUCCUGAUCUCGGAGCUGGAGGCGGGCGGCCCGGCCGCGCUUACCGGCGAGCUGUACGUCGGCGACGCCAUACUCGCCAUCAAUGAUGUUGAUCUCACACAGGCUUGUCACAAGGAAGCCGUGCAGGCGCUGCAGAGCGUGAAGGGCGACUGCGCGCUGUGCGUGCAGUUCAUCGCCACCGACGACGACGACAGGCUCUCCGAAGACAAUUAUAGGUUCCCGCUGUAUCCUGAGGACGGGUCUGUGUUCGGCGCGGAGGGCGACGGCUCUGGUGCUACGCCCACCGCGCCGCGUACGCCUGACUACAACAGACGCACAUCAGAAGCGGGUUCGGGCAGCGAGUGCGAGUCGGAGCCGUACCGCGUGGCGCCGCCGCCGCCUGCCAACUAUCCCGACUACAACAACAUUAACAACAACCUGAACAUACUGGAUAUGGACGAUGACUCCAUCAAGAUUGAGGCCAGGCUUGAGUGGUCGGGCAGCGCGCGGACGGCGCGGGCGGCGCGCGAGGCGUCGUCGGGCGACUCGGCCGCCUCCACGCCCGUGCAUGCGCGACCCAACGCGCUCAAGAAGAAGCGCAAGCCGCAGGACUGGCGCACUAAGGGCGCAUACAGACCCGUGGAACUGGAAGCUCCCUCCUCUGACGAACCUCUUGCUGAGGCGCCCUGCGAUAAUCUGCCCUCUGACACAGCGGGCGAGUCACCUCUAGCGCCGACUCCCGCGCCUCAGCAAAUACCGCAGAUUGCGCAGGCGCCGCUUAUCGAUAUCGAUACCAAGGAGUCCAAGCCUAGCAAGCCCAACGGAGACGUGAAACCCCUCAGAAGAGAGUCCAAAGGAUUUAGGAUAGGGUCAGCGCGGCGGGUAACGGAGACUGCGGCGCUUACGAACGGGGCUGCGGAGCGCGGCAAGUUCCCGCCGCGCCUGCUGGCCGGCGACGGCGACCCUGACUUCGGCACCCCUGUCUGAACGCAGCUCAGCUCACCGCCACCGAGUACGGCCUACACUACUUAGUAUUAAUAGCCAGAGAGACGGAACAUAUUUUUGAGUAGGUUGUUGAGGGGACGUGAAAACUUGUCCUGUAUCUCUUGAGUAAAAAGUUUAAGUCUAUUUUGAAAGAAAAAUAAUAAUAAAUCUAAAUUAAAUAUUUUAGGUCAAUUGGAAAAGGCUAUUAAAAAGAAAACAUUUAAUAAAAAAUGCAUUUGAGGGAACUUAAAGUUGCCUUAUCUUUGGUUGAUUAAAUCCUGGCACCAGGCAGCCAGGUUUGUAGUUUGUGUUUGAGUACAGAAUUAAGGCACAGGGGAAGUUUAAAAAAAUCCUCAAAUACCUAUCCAAAAAUGUAUACCAGCUCUCGGGCAAUAACAGUAUUCGUUAUUUUACGCCGUCAUUCUCAGUGCUUACUUUUUAUUUCGUAAAGGAGUAGUUACGCGUAGAGUUGCGCUCGGUCGCUUUUGUGUGUCGAUAACGAUAGUUGUCGGAGAUUAGUUAGUCGACUGUUUGGAUCUCUAGUCGCGAGCAUUCGUACCGCGAGUGUCGAGCGAUGCCAUGUGGAGCUGAAACUUCAACUAUUUAUUCAUUUGGGUUAUAGAUUUAUAUCAAUUUGACUUGUUCAGGCUUAGUUAAUUAAACCAUCUAGAGAAAUAUGCCUGAUGACAUUUAUGUGUAAUGCACAAAACUGUUAAUACCGAGAUAUUGAUGGAUGGUGCGAUAAACACGCCUUUGAUGUCAUAAGUCUUCACGUACGCUAAACACAAACAAAUUGGACAUUAAAUAUUAUCAAGCUGCCAACAAGUAAAGCUGCUAAACUGAAAUCGGGUUGAACGUGAUUUAUGACGCCGCGCAGAAUGCGACAGCUGAUACCAUCUGACACGCUGCACAUUUCGACCUUUUCUAAUUGAAAUAAGAGCAUAUCUCGUCCAUCAACAGGUAAUAACAGUCUCUAUUUACUAUUUAGAAUACAAGUUUUACUUUUAAGUAUUUAGAUAAUUUUAUUAAUCUCGUCAGGUGCGUGCAAUCUGAUUUAUUAUUAUUUAUGUUCGUUGUUUUGUUUAUUUUUGUAACGUUUUGUGUACAUAUAGUUUUAGAUAUCGUUUGUAUAUUUUGAUAUAUAUUAAAGAAAAUAUCUUCUAUCAAUGUAUAAAAUAUUAGAGCAGAAAAAUUCAAAUCAAUUUGGGACUGAUAAAUAAAAUACAUAGCCAUCCGUUUUGUACAUUCCUAUAUAGCUUCUAUGUUUAUGCUAACCAUGGAUUUUUUAGAAAACAAACUGAGAUUUUAAAAAUAGUCAAACGUUCACUUGUAACAUUCAUAUGUGAACAUACUUAAUUGCAUAUAUCUUUUGACCGACAUUUUAAAUAGCUAUCAAAUCCUGUGCGACAUUUAAUACGUCGAUCGCGGUCCACGGCGAGUAUAAUUAUAAUACAUAUCAGCACGGCUCGCUGAGCGUAAACACUAACUGACAACUGUCUAGUGAUCUGGACAUCUGCCAAUAAUAUUUCCGCACAAUAUACUCGUAUAAACUGUGUGCGUGCCUACACACAACUAGAUAAACAAUUAAAAUUAGAAUAACACUUUUAAAUAAAUAUUUUACAGCUAUUCUUUACUUGGUAAUGCCAAUGAACUUACAUCGUUUUUAUGGAGUAUAGAAUUUAGUUAAAGACUUAUUAGAAUUCUCACCAUGGCUCUAAUAUCAGUUGAUUAUUUUGUGUUGUAUCUGAUUUUGUGAAUCACACGCAUGCACACGUAGUGCGCAUACGCUCGUCAAUAUUUUACAGUAAUAUUAUGUACCGUAACGCUCAUAGAUGUCAUAGUGUCUCGCUAGGCUGCAGUCAAGUCAAUGACAUGCACGUGAUCUUUUAAAUUAAUAGAUAGACCGUUUGUAAUGCAGCUGCAUUUCACUCGCUGUUGAGUGGGUGCCGCGCUAUUUCGUUCUUAAUAUAAAUUGUACAACUAAGAACAAAACCGCAUUUUAUAACAACUUCUUUCAUUCUCAUGUUAGUAAUAUAUGGCCCAUUUUUUUUUGUAUAUUUGUUGAGCUAUGUGAUUUAUAUUUUAUUUUUUCUUUAUAGUAAUAUGCUUUUAGUAUUUAUUAUCAUUCCACACCUGCUCUUGUCGCGUUUAAUGAUUGUUCGCGAUUUAUAUUUGUUUUUUUUUUACAUCUAAAGACAAUAUGCCUAUGUAUUAUAAAUGAUCUAUUAAAUUUUUAUUUAAUAAUAA